CUACUUAGUAUUCUAGUAUGCAGUGCGGGAAAUGAGGAGGUCUGCAGGACUUUUCUGCACCGUCACACUCUUCACUCUUUCUUCUUGUUGGACAGCGUGAAGGUGUGUUUGGACAAAAGUAGAGCGCCGAACUGCAGUCUGAUGUCAAGAAAUAUGUGGACAUGGAGUUCAUGAAGCUGAUCGGAACUGUUUUGGCUGUUUGUUGUCAUCCAGGCUGCGCACUCAAAGGCUUCGCCAGUCAGCGGAUAUGCCGUCGGGGUACUGAGAAGCCGUGCUAUAAGAUUGCUUACCACCAGGACAGCAGGUACAGGGUGAACUUUGAGGAAGCCAGGCGGGCGUGCAGGGACGAUGACGGCGAGCUUCUGAGUAUCGAAACAGAAAGCGAGCAGAGGCUAAUGGAGAUGUUCGUCCGAGGCGCUCCGGAUGCUAGAGGUGACUUCUGGACCGGAAUGCGAAGGAAUCAAGGCAACAAAGAGUCUGCAAAGUGCUCAUCACAGUAUUACUGGCUAGAUCACAGAAAGGCCACCUACAGGAACUGGAUGUUGAAUGAGCCUUCAUGCGGUUUUGAACAGUGUGUGGCCCUGUACUACAGACCCGAUGCUUCUGCUUCUCCGAAAGACCGCCAUAUGUUAAAAUGGAGUGAUAUCGGAUGCAACAUCAAAAAUAACUUCAUAUGCAAAUAUGCAGAAGAAAUAUAUCCGGUUUCUACUCCUGCUGGAAAUUCCACUGCUCAUUCAGCAGUAACUCUUAAGCAACAUCCUAUCACACUAAGUGAUGAAAUGAUAAAGACAGGAUUUUCUGAAUCAGAUGAAACAAUCAAUGUUUCCUACAUCCUCCUGGCUACUGUACCACUACUCCUUCUAAUUAUACUGGUGGUCUCUGGGAUCCUCUGUUAUAGAGUCAUGACUAGGAAGAGAAAGGAACAAAAUGAAAUCUACGCUGUGCCUGGUCAGUGGGUGUCUACCGGUGCCCUGAAAAACAGCCGGAGUCCAGCCCCCAAGUGCCGGAAUGGGGCCCAGCUAGAAUACAUGAGCUCAGAAAUCAACAAAACAUUUAGUUCAACGGACUACGAGAACAUUCCCACUAAUGCAGCUGGAUUUGUCACCAACGACAUCUACGAGACCUGCCGCACUCCAGCUGCCGCAGAGGCAGGAUGGGUGGAUAAUGACAUUUAUGGAUACUGAUCCUGUCCUGUACUGGGAUCAAAUAUGAAUGAAUUUUUACCCACAGGGUUCGAGUUCAUCACAACCAUGUCUGUGCUUAGACUUUCAUGUUAUCUAUAGUAACCCUAUGUGAAAGGACAUGGGGUCCUGGGGGUCCUGUGAAGUCUCAUACUUAUGGCGGACGGUAAGCACACUUCUCUGAAAUGGGCAGUACAAAGAAACACAAAGGUGUCAUCACUUCAUAGCCAUUUCCCUUUGUGCACGCUGGUAUCCGCAUAGAAGACGGUGCACACGGAAACUUUCACAAUCAUGCCCUGACCUUUCUGCUCAUCCGAACAUUAUCCUGUCCUGUCUCUCCUAUUGAGGUCCACUUUUGUUUUUCAGGCUCUGUUGAUUCUGCCUUGGCAUACCAGUUCAAAGGCACAAGAGCAGCAGUUUUGCUUAGCCUGGAUAUUUUAAAGUGCUAAAAAAGCAUGCAAAAAGUGUAAAACUGUCAAUGUUUUAUUCUUUUCCUGUUGUGUUCGAAAUGAUAUUGAAAGAAAUAUUGUCAAUAAUUCUGUCAACUCGUUUUUUUUUAUCACAAAUAAGAUGAGGCUUUCCAAAUUCAGGACUUCUGCACAUAUGUGGACAUAUAUCCUAUUGGUUAUUUUAAAUAACUUUUACACUAUGAUCAGUGUUUACCUUCUUAAAAUUUAACAAGUCAGGCAUCUUCAUCAUGAA